AUGGUUCCCCUUUUUGGGCUGUUGUUAGUCUCGUUUUUCUCUGCCUCGAAGUCGGUAGAGGUCAUAACACGGAGCCAGUCCAUGCGGGAUGGUGAGACUGUACUCUCCGCUCGGAAGACCUACGAGAUGGGCUUCUUCUCCCCCGGGAGUUCCAAAAUGAGGUACCUGGGCAUCUGGUUCAAGAAGGCCCAGCCUGAGGUGGUUGUUUGGGUGGCCAACAGGGAAAACCCGCUCGAAAACUCUACCGGGGUCUUACGGAUGGACGAACAGGGGAGGCUCCUCCUCCUCGACAAAGAAGCGGGCAAGGUGGUCUGGUCAACGCAGGGUUUCUUGAAUACGGGUGUUAGAGUUUUUGCAGAGCUUCUUGAUUCCGGCAACCUCGAAGUUAGAGAUGGCGAAAAGGGCCUACCCGCCGGACUUCUCUGGCAAAGCAUAGAUGAACCCUCUCACGUUAUGCUCCCUGGGAUGAAGAUGAGCGCCAACCGGAGAACCGGAGCCAGAAGGCAUCUAACCUCGUGGAAGAGCCCAGACGAUCCUUCACCAGGGAACUACACGGUGGAGAUGGACUUCAGCACGCUACCUCGUGUUCUUCUCAAGCACGACCAGGCUAUUAAGUUCAGCACAGGGCACUUCAACGGUUAUCGCUUCGUGGGUGUUCCGUUUAUGCAACCCGACUCGGUUCUCCAGUGCGUCGUUAGAAUCACGGAAGACCAGGCGGACUACAUAAUUCAGAUGAAGAUUCCCACCAUAUCGAUCAUGACUUUAAGUUACAACGGGGUGGGGCAGAGGUUGCUUUACGACGAGGGAACUACUGUAUGGGAAACCUUUACCUACCUGCCAGCCGACGAAUGCGACAGGUUCGCCAACUGUGGAGCGUUUAGCAUAUGCAACAUGAGUAACUUCCCCGUCUGUGGUUGUCUGGAAGGUUAUGCGCCCAGGAAUGGCGACGAGUGGGAUCAACAGAACUUCAGCGGCGGCUGCGUCCGGCGGACGCGCCCAGACUGCAGCGGAGGGGAUGGAUUUCUUCUGAUGCCGCUAUUGAAGCUACCUCACUUAAUCAAUUCCACAGUGGACAUCGACAUCAGCCUCAGCGAGUGUCGGAACAAGUGCACCAGCGACUGCUCCUGCACCGCCUACGCAAGCGCCAAUGUCACCGACGGCAUGGGGGGAUGCAUUACUUGGUUCGGCGAUCUUUUGGAUAUGAGGAUAUUGGAAAUGAAUGUGCAAGAUCUAUACAUACGAGUUCCGGCCUCUUCUCUUGGUAAACACCCUCCAUCUUAUCAAGAACAGUAA